CAAGGCGCAGCCCGUGACUCAACUUCAUAACUUCACAUUAGACUUGAUUUCUGAACGGCACUACUCGGGCCAUAUUUUCAAUCCGGAAAAAGCAAAGGAAAACGGUAUUGAAAGCGAAAGAGAAAAAACCAGUCACCCUACUAGGAGAAUCCCUUGUCUGGCGCAUAAACUCAUUGCCUGGCGCAUCGAUUUUGUGGAGAAAGACACCUCGGCGCACAAGACGACGAGUUCCGCGCCAGAGAAUCGAGGUGCAGGGGACGGCGGUUCCAGGACGCAGGAGGACACACAUCCAAUAUGAGCGCAGUCGCACCAACAGGUCCAACUCCGGAGACGGUCCAGGAAAAGACGCCGUCCGUGGAAAAGACCGUUCCGUCCACAGAGAAGCCAGUAGCCGCGGCGGCAGCACCAGCGGCUCUUGGUGGCACCAGCGGUGCCCCCGCCGUGCCGGCCAAGAAGCAAUCGGCCGCGGCAGAGGCCAAGGCCAAGAAGCAGGCCGAAAAGGCAGCCCGGCGCGCCCAGGCCAUCGCGGCCAAGACCGGUCCUCCCGGGGCCGGGGGUCCCGCCCCCGCCGCCGAUGCGCCUGGCGGCGCGGCGCAGCCCUCUCAGCAGGGCGAGGGCGGCAAGGGAGGCGGCAAGACUAAGGCCAAGCAGGAGGGCGGCGGCGCCACGGGCGCGUCGAGCUCGGCGCAGAGCGGGCGCGGGAAGCCGGCCGCGAGCGGUGCCAAGAGCGGCGCCCUCGCCCCUCAGGCCGACAAGGAGAAGAAGAGGGAGGCUAAGCCGCUGGUGCCGGCCUGCUUUGCGCACAUCCCCGUCGCCAAGAGGAUCGCGCUCCCGGAUGUGGACAGGGACGUCCAUCCCACCGUGCUUGCGCUUGGUCAGCAGAUGGCUACUUUCACUCUGAGGGAGAACAUGGACAGGCUGAAGGGGACGCUGCUGGCUUUCAAAGAGGUCCUACGCUCUUAUGAGGCACCGGCUGGGAAUGCCUUCUCGAGGCAUUUUGUCCCACAUGUGCUUAACCCCCAGAUCGAGUACCUGGCCGCGUGUAGGCCCAUGUGCUUCGCCAUGGGCAACGCGAUCCGUAUGAUCAAGACUCACGUUUCGGGUCUGGAUAUCGACACCUCGGACAAGCAGGCGGUCGAGUCGCUGUGCGAGACCAUCGAUACCUUCAUCGAGGAAAAGGUCCACUACGCCGAGGUCAUCGUGACGAAAAACGCGGCAGCCAUGAUCGCCGACGGCGACGUCGUGCUCACCUACGGCCACCACAGGCUCGUGCGCAAGGCCAUCCAGCUGGCCCGGGCCGCGGGCAGGCGAUUCUCCGUCGUGGUCGUCGAGGACCCCUGGGGCUCGGGCCGCGACCUGGCCAAGCUCCUGCGCGGCGGCGAGCUGCUGGGUGUCUCAUACGUGCCGUGCCUGGUCGAGCUCGGCAGCGUGCUCCGGGCGGGCACAAAGGUGAUGCUGGGCGUCGAGUCCGUCUUUGCAAACGGCACGCUCUACGCGCCCGCGGGCACGAGCGACGUUGCCGCCGCGGCCUCGGCGCUCGCGCUCCCCGUCGUGGCGCUCUGCGAGUCCAUCAACGUGGACCGCGACCGCGUGGCCGUCGAGCCGCUCACGUACAACGAGGUCGACCCGGACAGGUGCUCCGAGGCCAGCUUCCGGCUCCUGUUCGACACCACCAGGGAGAAGCACGUGUCCGUCCUGGUGACCGAGUACGAGACCGAGACCGGGAACGCGCCCAGCGCGUCGGUCCUCGCCAUUCUAAAGAAGCAGGAAGAUCCGAACUAGAGGGCGGGCCGUGAUCCGUAAUGAACAAGACCGCAAUAGAAGAUUUCUUGGUUGAUUUCAUGCUUUUUGAAAGACAACAUUGGGGGCAAAAUCGGCCGGAGUAGUGAGGUUUCAAGAGCGGAUAAGAGGCACUUAUUGGCAUCUAGGGGCCAGGUAUGGGCGGUAUUGGGAAGGGCAUUUCGAAAAGUCCACAUGAUUCUAUCUCCUUAAUGUAUUUGUAGUUGCGGCGUGGGUGGUUUAAAUGGACGGUAGAUCACCAUAGUCAUUCUGAAGGCAAAAUUUGCUAGCGGGCCACAGCCUCUCGGGCACCCACUGCAUUCGGUUUGAAGAGAUAUGAUGUGUAC